AAAUUUUCGUAUGUCUAAAGAGAGUUUUAUAGAAUUAUGUGAUAUGCUCAGAGAUGAAUUAGAACCAGAACCACAAUUUUUAAUGCCAAGGGAACCUAUAUCUGUAGAAAAACAAGUAGCUGUGGCCUUAUAUAAAUUAGCAUCUACUGCAGAAUAUAGAGUUAUUGGCAAUGCAAUGGGAAUACAUAAAUCGUCUGUAAAGAAAUGUUUAUACAGAGUAAUAAAGGCUAUCAAUAAAGUAAUGCUUCAAAAUUAUAUAAAUAUGCCAAAUGAAAAUGAAGCCAAUUUAAUAGCUUCAAAUUUUGAAAACAAACGUUUUAUUCCACAAAUUAUUGGUAGUAUCGAUGGUACGCACAUAGAAAUUAUUCCACCAAAAGAAGGAUACAGAGAUUUUAUAAAUAGAAAAGGUUGGCCUUCAUAUAAUGUACUUGCAAUUGUUGAUCAUAACGGAAGAUUUAGAAAUAUUGUAAUAAAACAUCCAGGGAGUUAUCACGAUACAGCUGUAUUAAAAGAAAAUGUUCAGAAAACUCGUAACAUAAAUAGAAUGGAAAUACCGUUUAUAAUUGUGGGAGAUCCUGCUUACCCACUGUUACCAUGGUUCAUAAAAGGAUUUUCUGGUUCAUUAUCAUCGGAAGAAGAAUCUUUCAAUGUCCAUUUAAAUUCUGCUCGAAUAUCUAUAGAAAUGGCGUUUGCUUUCAGUCUACCAAACGCCAUUUCUAUAGAUAUUCGAGCAGAAUUUAAAUGGACAUUGAAAGAUUCUUCUUCCGAUGAUAAUCCAGAAAUUAUUGCAGCUUGUUGUGUAUUACACAAUUUUGUUGAAAAAAACAAGGAUAGGUUUUACAUACAAUGGUUACAAGAAAUUGAACAAUUAGAACUUGUAAUAUCACAACCAAGAACUGCAACGAUUACUAGUACAGAUUCUAUAGAUGGUACAAAUAUUCGGAAUCAUCUAAAACAAUAUUUAUCCGACAAUUUUCCAUUAAGAAAAGCCUUAAUACGACCAUAA